AUGUCUCUGCUUCCCGGGCUUACGGAGUUUAAUAAUCACGGUAUCGAAGUGUUCAACAAUGAUCUCUACUGCGUCCACCGCUGCUUUCAAGAUGCAGUAACGCGUCCUGUCAAGAACGAAGACGAGCACAAGGCUCUUAUCAAGGCGGCCUUCCAGUUUGAAGAACGCGGCCUCAAUCGUAUUGCGGAUGAGUUCCGCGCAAAACAUACACAUCGACUAUUCCCUACCGCUGUCGGCAGUCUUUGCGCUGCGGUUUCCCGCCUUGCACCUCCGGAGAUCCAACCUGAUGCCUGGAUUCUAUCCGCAGAUGAGCUUGCUCUCUGGGAUAGUUACAAUUUGCCGGCCUGCAAUCUUUGUCUUUCUCCCAACCAAAACUACUUAAGUGAAGUAGCCCCUCUUGCGGUAUUCAGUCCUCCAGCUUGGACUCCCGAAUAUCGACGUUCCUUGGAUCUCGCCCAACGGCGUUCACUUUCCGCAAAGAAAGCUUGGCCUCCACCUUCUGAAAGUUCCGAAGUCGAAAUCGAAGCGGUUCUGCCAAUCAAGGAGCCUCGACUUUCUUCUUCCGCGAAGAAGACAUCGACAACUGAGCCAGAAACGGCUUCCGAAGACGGUGUUGACAAUGCCGCUGAAGAUGACGAAGAAGAGGACGAUUCCGGCGAAUCCGAAGUGGAUGAGCUAAGGUCGUCUCCCCCUGUCGUACUUCCUCUGACCGUCGAAGGUCGUCCGACCACGCGCAGUGCCACGGCUGGCUCGUCCAAGGCUCCUCCCGCUUCAUCCAAGAAUACUGUCAGCGAGAAGGGAAAAGGCCGGGUGGUUUCAAUAAGCCCUCCGCCUGCCAAAAAGAAUAUCCAACGUCGGCGUACGGACAUGGAGUUGCAUGAUGUCAAGCAUCCGUUAGCGCGGUCCUCCGUUGAAGUUCCUUAUCGCUUCGAUGUUCCUCACGGGGAAGCAUUCUCCCUCCGUGAUAUUUUGGAGUCUGGACAAUCUAUGAAAGCGGAGAUGCGGAUUUCAUGCUUGACAUGCAUUAUUGCCCGCAUGGAGUGCAACUAUGUCGGCCGGUCCAACAAAUGUGCCCAAUGCAAAACUUAUCGGUACCUUUGUGACUGGAUCCUUCCUCAAGACGAGGCCUUUUCUCAGAUGGAUCAGGUUCGAGCUUGGGGUGCACCCACUCCUGGUCACUUCCACGAGCGCAUGGUCGAGUUGACCCGGCUUCUCGAGACUCAAGACCGACUCUCUGCGACUAUCCGUUCUCUUGCCGACACCCUUUCCCUUACUCAAAAGAGUAUUACAGACAAGGAGUCCGAAAUUCGUCAAAUCGCCGCCAACCCCAAAAUUGUGUUGGAGUACCUUCAGCUACAUGCUGAGGGGCUUCAACUCUCGAGGGAGUCCAUCUGCGGUCUAGGUUGUCUUUUUGAAUGGCCCUUGGAGUUCAACUUCGCCAAAGACUUUCGCGAGGUGUCUGUCCAAGGAUCUCAAACAGUGUUCCGGAACCUCAAGACUCAAGAAACCUUUUCAGUUGAUUUGAGCGGAUAUUCUAUUCGUCGUCCUGAGUUUUCCCCGCUUCACUUACGAUUGGCUGCGGCACUUCCCGGAGUUGCCGAGAGCACUUCCGCCACCGUUCUCGAGGAACAGACGGUCGAAGAGGAGGUUCGAGUUGAGGACGAUGAAGAGGUUAACAACCCUAUGGUUGUUGACGCUCCAAGUUCUUCAGCUGAUCCGCUUGGUUCUCCGCUCAAAUCAUAA